AUGCCUUCUGUUGGUGGUAGCGCUCCACCACAACCUACUGCACCCAAUGGCAUUUACAAUGUUCUGAUGACUGGAAGCACCAUGGCAACGGGUGGUAUUCCGACAGCAUCGUCUUCUGCCAACCUGAAUGGAACUGGUACUACUGCUGCUACUGCUGCUUCGGGUGAAGAGAUAUCGACUAUCUUUGUUGUGGGCUUUCCAGAUGAUAUGCAAGAACGCGAGUUUCAAAACAUGUUUAUCUUUUCGCCUGGAUUUGAGGCUGCAACACUCAAAAUCCCAUCCAAGGAACAAGAAGAAGACAUUCACAGUAAUGGCAAUGGUAGUAACAACAACAACAACAGAAAGCAAAUUAUUGGAUUUGCAAAGUUCCGUACUCGCUAUGAAGCAUUGGAAGCCAAGGAUAUUCUUAGUGGUAGAAGAGUGGAUGCCGAAAAAGGAUCAGUCUUGAAAGCCGAGAUGGCGAAAAAGAACUUGCAUACAAAACGAGGUCUUUCUACGGGCGAUCAGCAACAACAACAACAGCAGCAGCUUCCUGCACAACAUCCAAUGUCCACUACAUCUCAUCCACUCACGAGUACACAACAACAACAGCAACAUGGAGGCAUGCCAAAACGUUUCUCGCUUAGCCCAGGUCAAUCAGCCUACGAAGCUUUCCAUUCUGUACCAGCAGCAUUACCUAGUGAGCUUCAUCCACCCAGUGAAUUAUCUUAUCCCGAGUUGUACCCUGAUCUGUUUUCGCCUGGAGGCACACCCAUUACAACGACAUUCAACGAUUCAGUGUUUGCUUCUCGUGCAGCAGCGGCAGCGGCAGCGGCAGCAGCAGCAGCUAUGGCUGCAGGAGGAGGAGGAGAACGAGGAGAACGAGGAGGAGGAACAACAAGGGAUGGUUUCGAUGCCCGUUCAGCCUCAAUGGGUGAUAUUUUCAAUCAUCGUAGCAUGUCAUCAUCUCAUUCAACAUCACGCUUAUCAAUGAACCGAUUCUCCAAUAACAACAACACCGACAAUGAUCGCAACAAUGCUAACAACUUGUAUCAUUCAAGCACAAGCCUUCUUUCACCUACAGCAACUUUACAAACAACUGCAUUUUCUUCUCCUUUUUCAUCACCACCCACCAGUGUACUCAACAGCGUACAUGAAGAAAUGUAUCCAUUGCAAUUACCAUCACAAUUACUAUCACAAGCAGAGUUAGCAGAUCAUGAAGAGUAUAAGCAACAACAAGGAGGAGGAGGAGGAUUGGCAAGUGCUUUGAAUUCACGAUUGGCUGGAUUGACGAUCAACACCAACCCAUCAUCCUCUGUCACCAAUGCCACCACCACCACCACUACAACCACCAACAAUGGAGGAUUACCAUCACCAGGUAUCAGCUCGCCUACUGGAUAUCUCAGCUUUGCCGCAGCAGGUAGCAACAGUAGCAGCAGCAACAACGGUAGCCUAGCAACAACCAUUGUCAAUGUUCACAACCUUCCCCACAAUGCCAAUGAAGAAGAGGUGAUAGCUCUAUUCUCUCAAUGUAUCGGUUAUCAACGCCUUUUAUUCCGCCCGGUGCCAAGACCAGGAAGCCCUGUGUGUCUCGUGGAAUUCAAUGAUUCGGCGUGUGCUAAUCGAGCAGUACAAGAGUUAUAUGGUACCAUGCUAAGCAAUUCGGUCAACAGUGGCAUUCGUCUCUCGAUCAAUACAAAGCCUAAUGGCAUGAUGGGUAUACGUCAGGCACCACCUCCUCUUGACAGCUUUGCAGGUCGUCUGGAACAUCAUCAUCAUCAUCUCGAUCAAUCAUCAUUCUCUUGA